UCUGAUGAGUCGCACACAGGCGAGUUCAUUGCUCAGAUAGUACUGAAAGCAAUCAAUCUCAUUGGAUGGAGUCAUUUUGCAGGUGUCACAUCUGACAAUACAGGAAAUACUCGGAUUGCCUGCCAGAUUUUAUGUGCGGAAAUCAAGACUCUUAUCCAAGUUCCCGAUAUCUGCCACCAUCUUAAUCUUUUGUGUAAGGACAUCACACAAUUGAGCAUGUUUUCAAUGAUGAUCAAACAUCUUCGAUCAAUAAUCACCUACUUUCGAAAAUCACAUGCAGCUACUGAUGCUCUUAACAAAGCUCGCAAGUCAAUGAAUAUCAACCGUGGUCUCGAAGGCAUAGGGAAGACUCGCUUUGCAACUGUCUGCAUUUUGGCACUGUCACUCAAGCGUUGUUUCCCCACACUCCGCCAGAUCGUCGACACUCAUCAAGUGAAGUUCCCAUCCCACAAGUCAGGGCUCACUGGCCUUCUCAUGAGCAGCUCCUCUCAUUCCUUGGAUUUUGAGUCUCAAAUCACUCGCUUCACACUCAUCCUUGCACCAAUUGCAAAAUCAAUUGCUUGUCUUGAGUCAUCGCGGACUGAUUUGUCAGACAUCAGCUUGUUUUAUUUUGCAAUUGGUGCUACGCUAAAACAAAUCUUCGACAACAACAACAACCCAUUCUCACCAGAAGAAGCUGGCCAGAUUCGUGCAAUCUUCAACUCUCAAUUCCGCAAAGCCUUGUCUGAGGGUCCAACUGAUGCACCCAUCUGUCACAACCCCUUAAACGAAUUAAUGCAGGGCAGAGACUAG